CCUGCCCCUCCAACCAAACGUUUAUUUUGGUGCAACCAACCGUGCAACUGACAAAAAUAUUUAAUAUCAGUUUAGUCUGUGUAUAACAAAAAUUGUAAAUUAAAUUGUUUCGCGUAAACGAAUUGUUUGACCUUUUCAUUAGGUGAUACUGCCAAUUAAACAGCGUUGUUUGUCGAAAAGAUAUACACCAGAAUGGCCGAACUGGACGAAAGUAUGGAAGUGGAGAUUCUUAAGCAAGAUUUAGACGCCCGAAAGCAAAUUAGUCGAAUAAUGUCAAGAAUCAAAGACUACCAAGACAAAGUAAAGGAGAUCGUUUCGAGUUAUUAUAUCGAUUUUCUUCCCAACUGUUACGACAAUAUGGCGAUUAUGAAAAAUGGAAAAAUGUUAGAGGAAGAGAUAAACAAAAUAGUUUCAAUGGUAAAUCAAGAUACCACGUGGCAACUUUCAAUGGCUCAGGAGCAUAUUCAGCAGCUAAGAGAAGAACUUAGUGAAGCUAUUGCAGGAUACAAGACUUCUUACAAAUUGCAGACAAUCCACAGCUUAUUCGAAAUGAUUCCAAGAAGCGGCGAUGAUUAUCAGAAAUUAAUUACAAUUUUGGAUAAAAUCAAGCUACUGUUGAACGAUGGAAGCGAUCCUGUGUUUCCCAAGUUGGAUUCUUACCAAAGCAUCCGAUUGAGGUAUCACGAAGAAUAUCAAAUACUGCUCUACAAUUUGAACAAAAAGUUUGAAUCGCUUAUACAGUUUAACGAGAAACCAUUUCAAAACACCAAGGCCAUCACUAUUAAGAUAAAAAAGAACGAAGAUCAACUACACCAAGUAAUUGUUGCAUUGGUUAAUACCAAUUACAAUAUUCAAAGAAUGUGCAAAUUUCUGAUGGAUAAUGUUUUUGAACCAAUCAUCACACGACCGGUCUCUCUUACUUGCAACGACGAUGAUGGAGACUUUGUCAGCAUUCAAUUAUCGUAUCAGCUAAAAUUCAGUGAUGAACUGAGACCGAACUACAAGAUCAUAUUCCAACGCAUGAUGGAGACUUUUUAUUGUUUGGGACAUAUGAACAUUCUCAUUUCUGAUCGGCAAUGCAUUUUCUCCAUCAUCGCAAAGCACAUCAAAGGCUCACUCUGUAAGUUUCUGAUUGAAAAUUGUCUACAAAAUGAUAUACCCGAUACAAUAGAUGAAAUGAAUCAAUCCAGCAUAGUACAGUCGAUCCAGGAAUUUAAUAAGUUCCUGACAGAAAUGCUAUUCCUUGAUCACGAAAAUGACACCAUUCUCGAUGAGUACGCUAGUAAGAUAGAGCUUCUCUUUCAAAAAAAGUUCUGCACAAACAUUGUAUCUACCGCUUCUGAUAUAAUGAAAAAGGAUCUACAUGAUAUGGUACUGGUCGAGGAGCGUGAAACUCAUUUUUCUAACGGAUCAGCUAUGUUCUCGAGUUGCAUGGUUUCGAAAAGUACGAUCGAACUUAAGAAGCUGCUUGACAAAAUUCUUUCCGAAGUUUCCUCGGGAGAGAAGGAGCUUUCAGAGCGGUUGAUGAAAACUAUAGCAACGAUCCUGCAACGCUACUGCAUUGAAGUUGAACAAAACCAUGAAAAGCUGCUGCUGAAAAUACCCCAACAAACUGCGUUAUACCACAAUAAUUGUAUGUACUUAUCGUUUUGGCUGCAGAAAAAUGCCAGCAAACUGAGCGGCAAUAAUUCAUUUAUGCUUAUCGGAAGUGCACUCCGCGACCAGGGCACUAAAACAUUCAACAAUCAGCUGCAAAAUCAACGCUCAUUACUCUUGCAGUCAUUAAAAGGAUUUGAACUCAGUAAUGGCAUCGUGGAACUUGGACCCGAACCACAGAAAGCGGUUAGGCAAUGCAUUCGACAACUCGAUUUGUUGAAGAGCGUGUGGCAAACAGUGUUACCAGAGUACAUCUAUAAAAGCAGUAUCGGAGGACUCGUUACGGCUUUUUGUGUUGAAAUCAUUAAAAGGAUUUUCAUUUUGGAAGAUAUUACUGCGGAAAUAGGCAGUGGUUUAGUCAACGUUAUUAAUGUUAUCAAAGAAAAGGCUCCAUUGCUUUUCAAGGAUCCAACGGAUAUUACAAUUGUGGUCAAGAAUUGGACAAAACUUAUGCAGUUGCUUACAAUACUUGAUGCAUCUUUAAUCGAAAUCACUGAACUGUGGGCGGAAGGCAAAGGACCACUCACAUUGAAUUACAAGGCGGAUGAGAUAAAACAUCUCAUUAGGGCACUAUUCCAGAAUACAAAACAUCGGCAGACAUGUCUUUCAUCCAUAAUUCAGUUGUGAAUGCCUAAUCAUUUAAAGCUAUACCAUUUAAAAACAAUAAAAUAUAAACGAUAAUCAGCAGCA